AUGUAUGCUGUGACUAUUAGUGCUGAGGAUGACUGUUACCUGUGUGUUUUGCCCGACCCGGGCAUUGAGGCUGCUACUCUAGGUGCUAGUGAGUCUGCUGCUCUAGGUGCUGGCGAGUCUGCUCUCUCAGGAACCGCUCGGCCAGUCGCAGUCUCUCUGGCUGACCCCUUUGGAGGUCCGGUCCUGGCACACUCCUCCACAGUCGUGCCGUGUCCGGCGGUCCCGUCUGGCUCUCUCUCUAGCCUCCACCUCCCCUGGUUCUCCACGAACUUGGUGAGUGGAGCUGACCUUCAGGACGCGUGGGUUGACCAGUUCACCCCUGGAGGUCAGCGGGUGACCUACUGUUCAUGUACUCAAACGGGCCGACACCUGGCCAUGUUCACCCGUCAGCCUGGGUCGAGUCGUCACACUCGCUACCGCGCUGCGCUUCCUGCUGAGUUCUGUGCCAAGAACCCUCCCCCCAUGUACAUCACCCUCUACUACAUAGUCAACCGGCUCCCUGAAUUCCUUCGCUUAGUCACGAACCACUUCCUCCCAGUUUGCCCCACCACACUCACCGUUGACCUCCUCAAGGAGCACCUCCUGGCAGCAGAGAAGAGCAUAGUCGCUGUAAAAGCCUCUUGUGGUGACCCUCAUACCCCCGUCUUUGAGAGUCGGUCGGCGCUACGUCUUCCCCUAGCAGGAGACGCCGCACCCGCAAGGGCAAGGGAGGUAAGGGCGCUGGAGGGGCUGGCGGGGGCAGUGGAGGUGGCGGUGGAGGCAAUGGAGGGGGUGGGAGUGGUGGUGGGAGUGGUGGCGGGGGUGGAGGUGUCGGUGGCAGCAGUGGAGGCGGAGGAGGCGGCAGCAGGUGGCGGUGGGAGCGGAGGCGCCGGAGGUGGCGGAGGCGGCGGCGGCGGCAACAAUGCAGCUAGUCGCGGCUCUGCACACAGCAGUGGCUCCAGUGGUAGUCCGCGCCAGCUGCAGCAGCGCACUCGUGAGACCCCGUCCCCCCAGCAGCUUCGUGAUAGGGCGGGGGCUGCUAUCUUUGAUCUUGAUGAUGAUGCUAUUCUUGCUGCCAUGUAUGCUGUGUCUACUAGUGAUGAGGGUGACUGUUACAUGUGUGUUCCGCCUGACCCGGGCAUUGAAAAUGCUGCUCUAGGUGCUGGUGAGGGUGCUUCUCUAGGUGCUUAUGCGCCUGCUGUAGCUGCUGGUGAGUCUGCUCUCUCAGGUACCACGUUGGCUCAGGCCUUACACACUUUCACCCUUCACUCGGGUGCUUCCCGCUCCUUCUUUUCAGACCGCACCACGCUUACGCCGCUUAGUCAGUCGGUUGCGGUCUCCCUGGCGGACCCCUCUGGGGGUCGUGUCCUUGCUCGCUUCUCCACUAUCUUUCCGUGUACGGCAGCCCCCUCUAGCACCCUGUCAGGUCUCUACCUCCCCUCGUUCUCUACAAACUUGGUGAGUGGUGCUGACCUACAGGAUGGGGUGGUUGACCAGUUCACUCCUCCGAGUCAGCGGGUGACCCAAUGUCGGUCGGGGUCAAGCCAGUACACACUCACUAGUGAGUCUCCUCCGGUUGCUGAGUCUAGUCACGUAGCUGCGUCGAAUCAGGUGUUUGCUGCAGCCUCCAGAGACUGA